AUGAGGAAGCAGGAGGAUGGAACAGCUGCUCCGUACAGUCGCCUCUCUAGCUCAUGCUCAUCAAUACGGAGCACCAAUUACUCGGUACAAAGACCAUCGUACACGUCGAGCAUGAGCUCCUAUAAGCCGUCGUCAUACACGCCGGGCUCGCGAUUGACAACCACAUCGCAUGAGGCGUCGUCGCCGCUUCCGAGCCGAUCGCGAACAUCCUAUAGCAGCACCAGCAGCAGUACGACGCCGUCAAGCCUCUCGCGAACGUUGUCAUCGUCGCGUAAGACGUUGUACACGAGUCCAGCGGCCGCGAGAGCUUCAGUGUCUGCGGCCGACAAUCUGACGACGUCAUCGUACGGCACACUCGGCAAAUAUAAGGCGUCGAAUUUGGCCGAUUUCGCCUCACCAUCAUCAUCAUCGACGAGAAGCUCGUUGAGGAGUCGAGCCAUUGAGAAGACGCCCGAUCAUGCGUCGACGAAUGGCCGAAUCGAUUUGGGUCCCACCACGCGCAGCAAUAUGGUCCAUCCGACGUCGUCGCACAUUCGAAGCCGCUCGACAAGCUAUAGGACCAUCAAUGUCUCGCAAUUCACACAGCAGGCCCGAGAGCGAGCCGAUCGCGAGGAGAAGGAUCGCCAAUAUCGCGAAUGGUGCGAGCGCGAGAUGGAGCGCGAAAGCGUGCAGAAUUUCGACGCCAUCAUUUCGCCGCCGACGCCUUCCACUGCCGUCAACGACUUCAAGCGGGCGGUGACGUCGACGAGCAGCUAUCGUCCGAGCUACGCCCGAGCCGACAACAAUGUGGUGGCGUCGAGCUAUAGCGCGGUGGCGCCGACAAUCCCACCGCCUGGCUACUCAUCAUCAUCGACAUUGCUGCGAUCGAGGCACGCUCCGACGGAGACCGAUUAUCGGACUGUGUCGCCGACGCCGAGCGCCAGUCCAGCGCCGCCACCUCCACCGCCACCGCCGCCACCACCAUCAACAUCAUCAACAAACUCGUUGUCAAUCUCGGGCGGCGCUCGCAUUCCUCGAAGCAUGUCGGCAGCGGUGAUCGGCGCCACCGCUCAUCCGCCCGAUUACGCGGUUCGCGCGCCAUAUAAGCCGAUGGCGAAAGUGUCGCCAUACGACGACGACGUCGAUCGCGGUUGUGUGGUGCCCGAGGGAUUCACGGGCCUCCGAAACAUUGGCAACACGUGCUUCAUGAAUUCGGUCCUUCAAAUGCUCGUCAACAACAUCGAGCUGCGCGAGUUCUUCCUCAAAGACCACUACAAAAUCGAGAUCAAUGAGUCGAAUCCGUUGGGAUCGCAAGGACGACUCGCGCAGGCGUUCGCCGACUUCAUGAAACAAAUGUGGUCCGGAAUGCACAAGGCCAUCGAGCCGACGAAAAUCAAGGAGAUUGUCGCGGAGAAGGCGUCGCAAUUCGCCAACUUCGCCCAACACGACGCACAUGAAUUUCUAUCAUUUUUAUUGGAUGGACUACACGAGGAUGUCAAUCGGGUGAAAAAGAAGCCGCUUACCGGUACUGUUGAUAGUGAUGGACGACAUGAUAUUGACGUAUCAAAUGAAGCUUGGCAUAAUCAUAUUCUUAGGAAUGAUUCCAUUUUUGUUGAUUUGUUCCAUGGACAAUUGAAGAGCCAUGUGCAAUGCCCCAGGUGUGAUAAGGUAAUGCACGCGAUUUCAAUCACGUUCGAUCCAUUCGUUUAUCUGCCUGUGCCCUUUCCGAAGCUCAAGAAGACCCACAAUGUGUAUUUCUGGCCGCUCGACAUGCAAGCAAAGCCCAUUAAGAUAACCGUGUCAUAUUCUAAUGAGGGCACUAUUGCUGACAUGUUGUCGGCGGUUGGUGGCGCCGCGCGAGUCUCGUCGCGAAAUUUGCGAGCAAUUGAGGCAUUCGGUCAUCGCAUAAACAAGAUAUUUGCCAAUGAUGAGAAGGCGAGCGAUAUCGGACCAUCGGAUGUGAUCUAUGUGUUCCAAAUUCACGAUGAAGCUGAUUGCAAUGAGGAAAUUGUUGUGUUGUACACGAUUCAGCGCCAGCUUUUCCCAAACAGCUUGAGGUAUAUGUGCAAUGAAUGCGGGACCGCUCAAGGAAAAUUGAAAGCUUGCGAUGCCUGCUACAACGCCUACUAUUGUUCAAAGGAAUGCCAAUUGAACAAUUGGUCUUCGGGUGGCCAUCGUGACGAUUGUCGGCGUCGGCCGACCAGCGAUGUCGUCGGACAGCCGCUGAUCGUCUCGUUCCCACGCUCGCAGUUGACCUACUCGCAUUUGUAUCGAGUUUUGGAAGCGAAAGCACGCCACACUGUCACCAUUUUCCAACAACCGCAGUAUGAAGCCAAUCAGGAAGAAGGAUCGUCCGAAUCCGACGCGCUUGCUUUGCCAACGUCGACGAUGAGAACGAGAUCUGGUGUUGGUGCUCCACCGUCGUUCCAGAACGCGGCGACCACUAGAUCGACGGAUAGAAGAAGUGAAGAAGCUCCGAAGCGACAGAGUGUGCUCGCUGAGCCGAGAUCGAAAACUGAGAAGAUGUUCGAUGUCCGUAAGCUGAACACAUCGACAGAUUCAUUCGGUGAAGUGAUUUGUGAAGCAACACCAGUCUUUGAAAAAAUUCGAUCCGGAUCUUAUAUUUCUAUUAAUUGGAUUAAUCUGAGAUUCGGAAAAGAGUAUAUCACGGUGGGCAAUCGAGCGGAAUUGGAUAUCGAUGUUGACAAGAGCCGCCUGCUUUGCUCAGCGUCGUCGAACUCGAUCGAGAAGGCUUCACGCAACGAAGCGCCGAAGUUGACGCAAAUGCUGGACCUUUUCUCGGAGACUGAGAGGCUGAAGCCGGAAGAGAGCUGGUAUUGCUCGUCGUGCAAAGAGCACGUGGAAGCGACGAAAAAACUGCAGCUCUAUCGUCUCCCACCGAUUCUCAUCAUUCAACUCAAACGAUUUGUGUAUACUGCAUUCACCCAUCAAUCAUCGUUGCAUCGCCGAAGCAAAGACGAGCGAACUGUGGAGUAUCCGUUGGAGAAUUUGGAUAUGUCGCCAUUUCUUGCCGAAACCGCGCCGCCGCAAGCCUCAACGACAUAUGAUCUUACUGGAGUUGUGUGCCAUAAUGGCUCCAGUUAUUUUGGCCAUUAUAUUAGUAUGGGACGGCUCGCCGAUUUUGAUUCGAGAAAAUCGAAAAUUGAUUGGCGCCAAUUCGAUGACUCGAUGGUGACACGCCAAUCGGCAUCGAAUUUGCACACCGACGACGCUUAUUUAUUGUUCUACAAACUACGCGACAGUCAGGCGACGCGGCAAAUAUUCAAAAAACAUUAUUCUUGCGAUCCCGGCGAUAAUGAUGAUGAGAUUGUUGAAAAAAUGUGA